GUGAAGUUGAAUAGUGAAAUGUGGUAGUGUUGAAGUGAAACACAGUGGCAACUAAAGAAGUGAAUGUGAAAUGGUUGUGUAGUUUUGGGAAAAUGCUUAUGUCAUAAACUAUGAUGAUAUUGAUUAAGUGACCGCCUGAUAAUCAAAAUCUUCCUGUGAAAAUGUUAUUUCAAGUGAUAAAAUAAUAAUGACGUUCAACAAGUGACCAACUCGUAUCCACAAACGUGUCAACUUAGUGAGGAAUGCGGUCCCAAGUGAUCAAGUGAAAUCGUUGGAUAUUGAUUUACUCAAGUUUUACAUCAAAUCGUACAAUUCAAAAGUUCCCUGAAGUUAGCGAGUGACUAUUGUAUACCUUGGAGAGUCUGUGUGGUAGAAUGUUGUCGUGAGUGGUCGAAUGAGUGAAGUGAUGGCAGUUUAGUCACUAGUGAUGGAUUCCUCGCUGGAGAGGUUGCUGCGAGUGCCGUCGGGCCCCAGCCUAGCCUCCAUCACCGCUUCUGCCAUAGGACGCAAGGGUCGCCAUCUCACAGGCACCUUCUGCCUCACCGGGGACACCAUGGAGGGCAUAAUACAGUGUCUGGUCUUUCUCAAGGCCUUUUCGCUCGUGGGCGGGGAGUUUGACAUGGAGUUAAACUUCGUCAUCCAGGACGCCCAGAACAUCAAACAUAUGUUGGAGCUACUAGACCACUGCCCACCAAACUUACAGGCCGAGAUAUGGAGUGUGUUCAUCGCCAUCUUGCGCAAAAGUGUGCGCAACCUUCAGGCGUGUACGGACGUCGGCCUGAUAGAACACGUCCUACACAGAUUGACCAAGGCAGAGACUAUAGUAGCAGACCUCCUCAUAGACAUGCUAGGGGUGUUGGCUAGCUACAGUAUAACAGUCAAAGAACUCAAACUGUUAUUUGGAACGAUGAAAGCGAUCAACGGAAAGUGGCCGAGACACUCGACGAAGCUACUCAACGUGUUGAGACAGAUGCCACAGAGGAAUGGACCAGACGUGUUCUUCAGCUUUCCCGGCAAGAAGGGCUCGGCUAUGGUUCUGCCGCCAUUAGCGAGGUGGCCGUACGAGAGUGGCUUCACGUUCACGACGUGGUUCCGUCUCGACCCUAUCAACUCGGUCAACAUUGAAAGGGAAAAACCGUACCUUUACUGUUUCAAGACCAGUAAAGGUAUCGGAUAUUCGGCCCAUUUUGUGGGCAAUUGCCUUGUCCUCACCUCCAUGAAGAUCAAGGGCAAGGGAUUUCAACACUGCGUCAAGUACGAGUUCCAACCGAGGAAGUGGUACAUGAUCGCAGUGGUGUACAUCUACAACCGCUGGACCAAGAGUGAGAUAAAGUGCCUUGUCAAUGGACAACUCGCCUCCAGCACAGAAAUGGCUUGGUUUGUCUCGACCAAUGAUCCAUUUGACAAGUGCUACAUUGGAGCGACGCCUGAGUUGGAUGAAGAGAGGGUCUUCUGUGGGCAGAUGUCGGCCAUCUAUCUGUUCAGUGAGGCGCUCAGUACGCACCAGAUCUGUGCCAUGCAUCGUCUCGGGCCCGGCUACAAGAGCCAGUUCCGCUUCGACAACGAGUGCCACUUAAGUCUGCCCGACAACCACAAGCGGGUGAGUCUCGCACUGACAGCCGGGCCGGGCUCGGCGCCCGGGUCUGACCCAGCACAAGGCAUGACUCUGCACGUCGCCAAAGCUGUUUUAUACGACGGUAAACUAUCCAGUGCCAUUGUGUUCAUGUACAAUCCUGUAGCCACCGAUAGUCAGUUGUGUCUGCAGUCUGCCCCCAAGGGUAACACGUCCUACUUUGUCCACACGCCUCACGCCCUCAUGUUACAAGAUGUCAAAGCUGUGAUCACACAUUCCAUUCACAGCACUUUAAACUCCAUCGGAGGUAUUCAAGUGCUAUUCCCCCUCUUCUCCCAACUGGACCUGCCUUACGACUCCAUGGACGGACGACGAGAUCCAACACUCUGCUCCAAGCUGCUGGGUUUCAUCUGCGAGCUGGUCGAGAGCUCGUCCACUGUACAGCAACAUAUGAUACAGAACCGAGGAUUUCUAGUGAUCAGCUUCAUGUUACAACGCUCGUCCCGAGAACACCUGACGUUGGACGUGCUCAGCUCCUUCCUAGGCCUCACCAAACAUCUGGUCACGUGUCUGACCUCCAACAGCGAACUUCUGCUCAAACAGUUGUUUUGUUUCUCGUUCCUGACGUGGCAGCUGUUGGACCAUGUGUUGUUCAAUCCCGCCUUGUGGAUCUACACUCCGGCCGCUGUGCAGACACGAUUGUACUCCUACCUGGCCACAGAGUUCCUGGCCGACACGCAGAUCUACUCCACCGUCCGACGGGUGUCCACGGUGCUGCAGACUGUACACACUCUCAAGUACUACUAUUGGGUGGUCAACCCGCGAGCCAAGAGCGGGAUCACACCCAAGGGGAUGGACGGACCGAGGCCAGCGCAGAAGGACAUCCUGGGAGUGCGAGCCUACAUCCUCCUGUUCCUGAAACAGCUGAUGAUGGUCGGGCAGGGAGUCAAGGAGGAUGAACUGCAGAGUAUUCUCAACUACCUGUCUACUGUCAGAGAGGACGAGAAUCUGCACGACGUCGUACAGACUCUCAUAGGCCUUAUGAGCGACCACCCGGCCGCCAUGGUGCCAGCGUUUGACAUGAAGCACGGUGUCCGGACGGUUUUCAAGCUGUUAGCCUCGGAGAGUCAGCUGAUCAGGCUGCAGGCUCUCAAACUGCUCGGCUUCUUCCUCAGUCGCUCUACUCACAAGAGAAAAUACGAUGUCAUGAGUCCGCACAACUUGUACACCCUUCUGGCCGAGAGAUUGUUGCUGAAUGAGGAAACCCUAACACUACCUACGUACAACGUUCUAUAUGAGAUAAUGACAGAACACAUCAGUCAGCAGAUAUUAUACACAAGACACCCUGAACCAGAGUCUCACUUUAGGUUGGAAAAUCCAAUGAUCCUGAAGGUGGUGGCUACCCUGAUCCGUCAGUCCAAGCAGACGGAUCAGCUGUUGGAGGUGAAGAAGUUGUUCCUCUCCGACAUGACACUUCUGUGUAACAACAACCGGGAAAACCGAAGAACCGUCCUUCAAAUGUCCGUUUGGCAGGAAUGGCUGAUCGCGAUGGCCUACAUCCAUCCGAAGAACUCCGAAGAGCAGAAGACAUCGGACAUGGUGUACUCUCUGUUUCGCAUGUUGCUCCAUCACGCCAUCAAACAUGAGUACGGAGGAUGGAGAGUCUGGGUGGACACUCUAGCCAUCGUGCAUUCCAAGGUAUCCUAUGAGGAGUUCAAGCUGCAAUUUGCUCAGAUGUACGAACACUACGAGCGCCAGCGGUCAGACAACAUCACGGACCCGGCACUGCGCCAGCAACGGCCCAUCAGCACCAUCAGUGGUUGGGAGCACCAGGCAUCACGUAACAUCAUAACUUACCAGAACACAAAUGGCGAGAAAGAAGAAGCAACAGUCAGAGAGACUGAACCGACGUGUAGUUGUGACCAUGAGACCGAGACACCAGAGAUGACGGUUAGUCCACUGCCUCCCGCCGAGACACCGAUUCCCAUUGGGUCCCCGGAACUGCCCCCGCCUGACCAGGAGUCCUUGGAACAGCUGACGACUGAGGACGAGGAACCAUCUGCUGAGGAGGAUACGGUUGUGAUGAAACAAGAGAGCUUUGACGACGCUCAGUCUGCAGUUGUGAUUACUGAGUUGGAUUUGACCACUGAAACUCCUCUAGAUAGCAAGGAAGAAACUACAGAAGAGGCCAAGGAAAAAAAUACAGAAGAGGCCAAAGAAGAAAUUACAGAAGAGGCAAAGAAAGAAAUUACAGGAGAGGUCGAGAAAGAAAUAACAGAAGAGGCCAAAAAAGAAAUAACAGAAGAGGCCAAGGAAGAAAUUACAGAAGAGGCCAAGAAAGAAAUUACAGAAGGUGCCAAGGAAGAAAUUACAGAUGAAGCCAAAGAAGAGAUGUUCAAGGAUGCUAAGGAAGAGAAAUACCAAGAGACAUCAGAAGAGACUUUCAAAGAAGCUAGUGAAGAUGUUGAAAAUGAAAAAGAGGAAUCAGUUCAAGAAAAGGAUGAUGAAACUUUCAAACAAGCUGAGGAUCAAAUUGUUGAAGAAGACAAAGAUGAUGCCACAAAGGCAGAACAUAGUGGGAUUAAAGAUGUUAAGGAAAUUGAUGAGGACAGUGAAAGAGGAAUCCAAGAAGACGGUGCGAGCGUGAAAGAUGAAGAUAGUGCUGUCAACUGUGAAGACACUGAUUUGCCUGUUGUAAAUAUAUUAGGGAAUGAAGCUAGUGAAACGGAAGAAAGGACAUUGAGUGAAGUAGAAAAUAGUGAUGUUGUGUUGCAGAGUGAUGUAAGUAAGUUAAUCGAGCGUGAAAUUGUCGAUAGCGAUACGUCAGAAGCGUACCUUACGCCAACCGAGCGAGAAAACGAGCCGGUCGUCAUUCCAAAAAGCGUUUCUGAAAAGUUACCCGAGUCCGUCCACUCACAAGAAACGCACGAGUCUGCAGAUCCUGCAGAUGGUGCUGAUAGUGAUAAAGCCGAGUUACCUGUUAGUGAAAGUUGCUCAAACGAAAACGAACAAUGUGAUACGAUUGUGACUCCCGAAAGUGAACAUUCCGAGAAAGAGAGUGUUGUUCCGUCCAUAGUCACUAGGGAAGCUGAGGAUAAAGAGACUGAAAAAACUGAAAUUGAACCACAUGUUGAAUUACAACCGGAAGAAUUAACCUCCUCGCCACAGAGAGCACCGAUGACCAUACCUGGGUCCCCUCAGAGAGUGGAGGUGCCGAGAGUAGAGUCUCCGAGACCUGUAGAACAAGAUAUGGAGGAAGACGCCAUUGAAAGUCCAGAAGUGCGUUUGUCACCUCAGAAGCGUCCCCAUAGCACCUCCAUGUCAACACAAGUUGAGCCCAUGCAUUUCCAUGAGGCCAAGAGAGUCAAGAGUAACGGGUCACGUCCGAUGUUCAGCCCAGGACCGAGCCGUCCUCCGUUUCGCAUUCCGGAGUUCAAAUGGUCGUACAUCCACCAGCGGCUGCUGUCCGAUGUUCUCUUCUCUCUUGAGACUGACAUCCAAGUGUGGAGAAGCCACUCCACCAAGUCCGUGUUGGACUUUGUCAACAGCAGUGAGAACGCCAUCUUUGUUGUCAACACUGUCCACCUCAUCUCCCAACUGGCUGACAAUCUGAUCAUAGCUUGCGGAGGCUUACUGCCCCUUCUCGCAUCUGCCACCUCACCCAAUAGUGAGCUGGACGUGAUGGAACCCACACAAGGGAUGCCUGUAGAAGUGGCUGUCUCAUUUCUGCAACGUCUGGUAAACAUGGCUGAUGUGCUUGUGUUCGCCUCAUCGUUAAACUUUGGUGAACUAGAGGCCGAGAAGAACAUGAGCAGCGGCGGAAUCUUGCGCCAAUGUCUAAGACUUGUGUGUACGUGUGCGGUGCGCAACUGUCUGGAGUGCAAGGAGCGAGGAAGACCCUCGAUAGGAGGUCAGCUGAACAACAAGACAGCACACCUUCAGAGUCUCAUACGCGGCGUGCAGGCGUCCCCCAAGAACAUAGUGGAUAAACUGUCAAACCAAUCAACACCAGUGAAAGAUCCUGAAAAGCUGCUUCAAGACAUGGACGUUAACAGAUUGCGAGCUGUGAUCUAUAGAGAUGUUGAGGAGACAAAACAAGCACAGUUCCUCUCGCUGGCGAUUGUUUACUUCAUCUCCGUGCUGAUGGUGUCCAAGUACCGGGACAUACUGGAGCCCCCCGUGGCUGUACGGCCCCCCUCGCCCCCCUUGGCUACUCUGCGCACCAACGGGGCUCCCCACCCCCCCACAGACAGCCCCCCAGAUUGCAGUGGAGCCCGUCCCCUGUUUCCCCAAUGGUCCCAUCACGUUUAUCCUCAGUUUCUCCCCAAUUCCCACCCAAACGCUCCACCUGCACCUUCCCAUCUUCUCCGCAACAACAAUAAUAAUAACAUCAACAACACGGGGAAAGCCUUGCGCUACCCGGGCUUGCCACAUCAAGGGGAUGGCGAGUGUGACGUUAUUGUUGUGGAAGGAAACAAUUCCUCCGUGUUCACGGACAGAGACGACGUUCCGCCCGCAUCCAUCAAAGCGAGAACUCCUUUCGCACAUCCUUGCUAUGAUAUGGAAGACACAAGAUAUUCCAGAAACUCGAGACAUCACGUUGUCAACCAAACAACCAAGAGUAUAGGCUCUGUAGACGAGGUGAUAUCCGUCAACUCACAGCCGGCCUCAGACGUUGACAGCAACACAACGGACGACAACAAGAACACCAACUUGACGACUAACGACGAGAGUUGGACAGACGUCAAUCUCAACGAGGACACGCAGAACAUGCACGAGGAUCCUAGAAAUAUCCACAAUAUGUCGCACUUUAGAGCAGCUCUGGACGCAGAAGGUAAUCUCCAGCGGGGGGAGAAGCCGCGGGGGGAGAUAAGUGUGGUCCGGGUACCCCCGGGUGAGCCGCCCACACCCCCACGGGUGCCUCCAGAGGACCUGGGUCCAAUGAAGAGUGUACCGCUGCCCAUGUCUGUACCCACGCCGUCACGAGAGGCGUCACUCACACAACAACUAGAGACUGCCCUCGGCUCCGUGUGUCCCCUACUGAGGGAGAUCAUGGUUGACUUUGCUCCAUUCCUCUCCAAGACUCUGGUCGGCUCUCACGGACAAGAACUGCUCAUGGAGGGUAAAGGACUGACGACAUUCAAGAACAGCCACUCUGUGGUUGAGCUGGUGAUGCUGCUGUGUUCUCAGGAGUGGCAAAACUCACUACAGAAACACGCAGGACUGGCCUUCAUAGAACUGAUCAACGAGGGAAGGUUGUUGUCCCAUGCUAUGAAGGAUCACAUAGUUCGAGUUGCAAACGAAGCCGAGUUCAUCCUCAACAGGAUGAGGGCCGACGAUGUACUCAAACAUGCUGACUUCGAGUCGCAAUGUGCUCAGACCCUACUCGACCGUAGAGAAGAGGAGAGGAUGUGUGAUCACCUGAUAACAGCUGCGAGACGUAGAGAUAACGUCAUCGCAGGUCGGCUGCUGGAGAAGAUAUGCAACAUUUUGUCCAACAAACAUGGCGCCUGGGGAUACACGGAUCCUAUGCACGCCAGGCAAGAGUUCUGGAAGCUGGACGCGUGGGAGGAUGAUGCCAGAAGAAGGAAGAGGUUUGUCCACAACCCGCGAGGCUCGAGUCACCCACAGGCCACGCUGAAGGCAGCUCUAGAACACGGAGCACCUGAGGAUGCCAUACUACAGGCUCGUGAAGAGUUCCACGCACAUUUGGCUGCGUCUCACACACAGCAAGGACAAUCAUCAGACCUCAUGGAUGACAGCGAGCUUCUCACCGACGACCGAGACCUCGAUGUUGACCUGACCGGUCCUGUCAAUAUCAGCACGAAAGCCAAGUUGGUCGCGCCGGGCAUCGUCGCGCCGGGAAUGAUCUCGAUCACGUCAACGGAACUUUACUUUGAAGUGGACGAGGACGACUCGGAAUUCAAGAAAUUGGACAAUGAGGUGUUGAAGUAUUGUGAUCAUCUUCACGGCAAGUGGUAUUUCUCCGAGGUACGCGCCAUCUUCUCCAGACGUUACCUGCUGCAGAAUGUCGCCAUCGAGAUCUUCCUGGCGAGUAGAACUUCAAUCAUGUUCGCAUUCCCAGACCAAGCCACUGUCAAGAGGGUCAUCAAGGCUUUGCCCAGAGUCGGAGUCGGUAUCAAGUACGGCAUACCGCAGACCAGGAGAGCCUCCAUGAUGUCUGCGCGUCAGCUGAUGAGGAACUCGAACAUGACGCAGAAGUGGCAGCGCAGGGAGAUAUCCAACUUUGAAUACCUAAUGUUCCUCAACACCAUCGCUGGUCGAACUUACAAUGACCUCAACCAGUACCCGGUGUUUCCGUGGGUUCUCACCAACUAUGAGUCAAAGGAGCUCGACCUUAGCCUUCCCAGCAACUACAGGGAUCUCUCCAAGCCUAUUGGAGCGCUCAACCCGAGUCGCAGAGCUUACUUUGAAGAGCGAUACAACAGCUGGGAGCACGAGAGUAUUCCUCCGUUCCACUACGGCACACACUACUCUACGGCUGCCUUCGUACUCAACUGGCUAAUCAGAGUGGAGCCGUUCACAUCCAUGUUCCUGGCCCUGCAGGGAGGAAAAUUUGAUCAUCCAAACCGUCUCUUCUCUUCCGUCGGACUAAGCUGGAAAAACUGCCAGAGGGACACUUCUGACGUGAAAGAGCUGAUCCCCGAGUUCUUCUUCCUACCGGAAAUGCUGGUGAACGUGAAUCGCUACAGGUUGGGCCAGCAAGAGGACGGAACAGCCGUCGGCAACGUGGAACUCCCCGCCUGGGCCAAUUCACCCGAGGAGUUCAUCAGGAUCAAUCGGAUGGCGCUGGAAUCAGAGUUUGUUUCUUGUCAACUACAUCAAUGGAUCGAUCUGAUUUUCGGCUACAAACAAAGAGGUCCUGAAGCAGUGAGGGCGUCCAAUGUCUUCUACUACCUGACGUACGAAGGCAGUGUUGAUAUGGACUCUAUCACAGACCCUGUCAUGAAAGAGGCUAUCGAGAACCAGAUCCGCAACUUUGGCCAGACACCAUCACAACUGCUCAUGGAGCCUCAUCCUCCGCGAAGCUCCGCCAUGCACCUGAGCCCCAUGAUGUUCUCCAGCGUGCCAGACGACAUUUGUAUGACAAUGAAGUUUCCGUCCAACUCUCCGAUCUGUCACAUCUCCGCCAACACGUACCCUCAGCUGCCGUUGCCUUCCGUCGUCACCGUCACGUCCAAUCAGCAGUUUGCACUCAACAGGUGGAACUCCAACUACGCUGCGUCAGUUCAGUCUCCAAGUUAUGCGGACACACCUCAAAAUCAAGCUGCUAACCUGCCUUUGUCGAUGGAUCCUGUGUUAUUACAAACAGGAAACAACAACAACGCAGCAGUGAGACGACACCUAGGGGACAACUUCAGUCAGAAGCUUCGUAUCCGCAGCAACUGCUUCGUAACAACAGUCGACAGUCGGUUCCUCAUCGCUUGCGGCUUCUGGGACAAUAGUUUCCGAGUGUUCUCCACAGAAACUGCCAAGAUAGUCCAGAUAGUGUUUGGCCACUACGGCGUGGUGACAUGUCUCUCUCGCUCCGAGUGCAACAUCACCUCAGACUGCUACGUUGCGUCUGGCUCAGCGGACUGUACGGUGCUGCUGUGGCAUUGGAACGCUCGCUCCCAGACCAUUGUAGGCGAGGGAGAGGUGCCGACACCUCGGGCGACGCUCACCGGACAUGAGCAGCCCGUCACGUCUGUCGUCAUCAGCGCAGAGCUCGGACUGGUGGUCAGCGGGUCUGUGGCGGGUCCAGUGCUGGUCCACACCACGUUUGGUGACUUACUGCGAUGUCUGGAAGCUCCCGUCGGAUUCAUUAGUCCAGAAAGUAUUGCGAUGUCACGUGAAGGUGUCAUUGUUGUCAAUUACGAGCGCGGACACAUCGCCGCCUUCACCAUCAACGGCAAACGCCUUCGACACGAGUCUCACAAUGACAAUCUACAGUGUUUGUUGUUGAGCCGAGACGGGGAAUACCUGAUGACUGCAGGAGACAAAGGUAUCGUAGAAGUUUGGAGAACAUUCAACCUCGCAUUGCUGUAUGCCUUUCCUUCUUGUGACAGUAGUGUACGUUCCCUGGCACUCUCACACGACCAGAAGUUUCUGCUGGCUGGACUAGCCACUGGCACAAUCGUGGUGUUCCACAUCGACUUCAACCGGUGGCACCACGAGUUUCAACAACGUUACUAGGAUCAUACUUUAUGUUGAUGUAAGAUAAUUCUAUGUUUGUUGUUGUAGGUUUCUGCUGGCUGGACUAGCCACUGGCACAAUCGUGGUGUUCCACAUCGACUUCAACCGGUGGCACCACGAGUUUCAACAGCGUUACUAGGUUUUCGCCAACUUCUGGAGUUACCCUCCUUGGAACCGCCCUUGGAACUAAUCCCAGAAGAUCUUCAACCUUACAGACUUUAAACUCAUUUACACAUUAUGCAGGGUAACACUCACAACGGUUGCUACUUCUCCAUGUUUUCUGUUAAGUCCGAACCGAGCCCUCUUGGUACGUUCUAGUGACUUGUUUUCAUUUUGAGUCUUUUACCAUGCUGUGAUUAUAAAAGUAAUUGUACUUAUUUAAGUAUUUCAGAAGGUUUGCAUUUAUUUUUAUAUCAAAUUUGUACUCGUACUUAAAUCGUUUGUUUUCGUCACUUUUUUUCAGAUAUAGGUUAGAACGACGAUUCUUGAAAUAAAAUGUGAUUGAAAAGUGAAUUCCAAAUUCGAAUUGACAUCAGAGGGUUUAUUUUUUAUACCAUUUAAUGAGUGUAGGCCUACCCACUCAAGUAUUUACACAUGUUUUUAACUAUGGAGUUGUGAAAAGUGUCAAAAGCUAUUUAUGGUUGUGUCAAAUCAUAAUAUUUGUUGUUGGUUGUCAAGUAUUUUAUUUGGGAAUUUUUCUAUCAGAACCUCAGUAUUAAAUGUAUUUAUUGUUUCCUCAAAUGUACUUAACUAGAUUUUGAUUAUUUUAUAUAUAGAUUUUUUAAUAUAUAAAAAUUAUGUUUUAUCAACACAGUAUGUGAUUUGUUCCAGACAAAUUAUCGUACUGCAUUAUAAGUUCAUAUCGAAAUAUAUAUGUUAUGGUUUCAAAUUUUAUUGUUUUACUCUUUAGGUUUAUUAUACUACUUUAUAAAUGUAUUGCGAAUGUACUUAAUAUAACUUUUUAGUAUUAUUAUAUUGUGUACAGAAUAUAAGCAAUUCUGUUAAGAUUUUUCACUUAGAGUGGGCAUUUUACACCAUUUCACAUAAAGAAACACUUUGAAAUGACUUUGUGAAAUAACCUUUUUCUUUAAUAUUCUCACAAAGUAUUCCUUAUUCCAUUAUUUCUUUUCAAUUAUUAUAAUCCAGAACAAUGACAUCAAUUAUGAUACUAAGUAGUAUGUGCCAAAUGUAUUGGAAACUUUCCGACAGAUGUAAAUAUUGUAUUGUUGAUAGAUCGUGGCUUGAAAUUUCCCGUAAGCACUUGUUAGGCGAAAAAACUUUAUCAAACUACUGGGUAUGUACAGAUGGUUUUUUUAUAAAUGUUACUUUUAAGACUUUUUUGCCAACAUAAUAUUUUAUCACUAUUUUGGUACAAAAUGUAGGCUACUUAAGCUUAAUGAGUCAUUUUAUUCCACUGAACUGUAUUUCCUAUCGAGUUAAAAAAUCUUUUUUUCCCACCCAGUUUCAAAAAAGCUGAUUCAAAAGGUUUGCUGACUUACUAACAGUGACAAAUACAAAAUUAGAUUGAUUGAAUUAUUUUUAUCUUUGUGUUGGAAUACGUUUUGUUUUGUAAAAACUCCUAUUUAAUUUACAAUAUUUUAAGACGUUAUCAAUAACAGUAGUUGUUGUUCUAAAAAUUUGUCUGACAGUAAAAUUACGGACCAUAAUCCAUUUAUUUCAUUCCUUAACUUUCAACAACAUAUAUAAACAAGCCAUCUGUGGACCCAGAAGAAUAUGCUUUUAUACAUGAUAGAUUUCAUACAUAACUAUUGUAGAUUAAGUAAAUACAUUCCAAGUUAUUGCUAUGAUUUUAUAAUUUAGUUAGAAUGAAUGGUCAUGCAAAGAUUUUAAUGGGUAAAUGGAAAAAUCAAAAUGUCAGAUAAGUUUUAAAUUGGUUUGCGUUGGUUAUCUCAGCUUUUAAGGAACUAGAAGUGCGAACUAAGCUAAAAAAUGCAUUUCAUUUGUUUUGUUUCUAAACUAACAAAAAUAAAGAAAACUAUCUGAUAUGAAAAUUUCUUAGAGAAUUCAUAAUUAGGCCUAAUCCUAGAACCUAGAGCACCGCUAAGAAUGACCAAAUUGAUAUUUGUUUAUAAAAUCCAAAUUAGUCUAUAAAAAAAAUAUAAAUGCAACACAUUUUAUUAGAGUUGAAAUCAAAUGUCAUGUAAUACUUAAUCACCAAACUGUAUUUUAAAAGUGUUAAAAAUGGAACUUAAAAAAUAAUUUGUGUAUUCAACUAUCUAAAAUACUUAAAGGCUGAGAUCUCCUACAUACUGGUACUUGUUUUGGUAGAUUUAGACUUGUAAAGCGUUGUUGAUUUAUUUUCCACUUUUUAUAUUAUUUUCCAAUUGUUAUAGAACGUAGAACGUUACAUCUGUCACUUUACGAUUACAAUUGAAACACAAUUUUAUACAAAAAUAUGUACAUAGUAUAAAUUGUCACAUUCUUGAACUCGCGUUGAUGUUCUUACUUUAAAAAAACAUACUGUAAUAUAACUUAGAACACCGAUUAUGUUGAACUUUCUUUAAAAUUUAAUCAGCCUUUGACAAAUAUUUAUUUGUUAUGAAUGUAAUUAUUGCCAGCUAUUGUAAAAUACCAUAAACAGUUAUGUAUUCAUAUGUCAAUAACUAAAAAGACAGAAUAUGUGAAAAAGAUGUAAUUCUAAAUAUUUUUGCUUAAAGUGUCCAAGUCUUACCUGACGUAUUGGCCGCUUAUCUGUGCACUGUGUGUGUGCGUGUGUGCGCGUGCGUGGACGUGUGUGCAAGACGCAAUGCCUGCUCACUACUUGUAGACAGUAAGCAAAACUGUAUUUUGUAAAGCAUUGUAUUUGUUAUAGAGUGGUUGCAUUCAACACAAAGUGUUUUCUGAUGUUUUGUUUGGGAAAUUAUAAAUAAAAGAGAUA